GUAGACCAGAAUUUGAAAUGUGAUAUAAGGAAAUGAAAUAGAAAGUGACGAUCAAGAAGAGCUUACUGUAUCUUUCUUUUUGUAGCUGCCCAAACUGUCAAAAAAAGUCAAAACCAAGAAUUAUGUCUUAUAUUUUUACCAUCUUGUAAUUUGUUGAACAGCUAUGUCUAUGGCAGAAAGAAUGAUUCCCCUAAAGGUUGUUAUCAUUGGUGCUAGUGGAGUUGGUAAAAGUUGUAUUAUGACAAAGUUUUGCAAUGGCACUCUUGCUAAGGGUUUAACAGUAAGUUGUGACUCCAGAACAAAAACUAUGGAUCACAAAGGUUUUAAAUACAGGUUGCAAAUUUGGGAUAUUGCAGGACGGUGUUGGGCUUUGAAUACAUCAUAUUUUCAUGGGGCAGACAUGAUUAUAAUAGUUUACGAUGUUGGUGAACAAAGUUCUUUUGAUUUAAUUGAUACAUUUAUUUCUCAAAUUAAAAAGUACGGUAAAGGAGAUGUACCAUAUGCAAUUGUAGCAAAUAAAGCUGAUUUAGAAUGCUGGAAAGUUGAAGAAAAUCCGAAAGAUGCAACAAAAGGUCUAUUUUUGUAAGAAUUUUUUUUUCAUUUUCCUUGUUACAGGAAAAAAUAAUUACACUUCGAAUUCUGCCUUGACUUUCGGUGUCCCAAACAGAUUUUCUGUCCUCAAUUCACAUGCUGAAUAUAUACUGAAAGUUAAUGUUUACGACUUUUUUUGUUAUUUUUUGAUUAAGUACCAUGCUAAUAGUUUUAUUUGUUCAAAGCCUACUCAGGGUUCGAAUUAGAAAAUUAAAGUCGGUUCGCAAAAAUUUUGACACUCUGUAACAACCACCAUCUAGAUGUGGCCUGGGAACACCGUAGGUCAAUUUUUCACUAGUGGCUAAUUUGUAUUUUUUUGUGACCUGCGAGCUCUACUUUUUGUUGCGUUAUUAUUUUUUUUGUUGGAGAAGUGAAGACGUUUAAACUUGUGAACCCCAAACACGAGAACUAAGCGUAUGAACUAGCGACUCUCUCACUUUUAACUUUCUUGUAUCUGAUAGUUGAAAUAAUGUUGCUUAAAUGAAAUAAGUUUAUUUUUAUAGCAUGCUGUAAGAAAAUAUUCAAAAUGUAAUUAUUGUUUCAGAGGUUCUUAAGUAAAAUGCUGGCACUUAAGCUCAACUUGCAAAAGUAAUUGCUUUCAUUCAAAAACACAAUAGAAUAGCGAAUUCCUUUCAAAUCACGCAAAAAUAAUUGCUCGUGUUAAGAACAAAAGCAUAGCAAGAAACAUUGUUUAAAAACAAUACUCUGCACUGGAAAAAAUAAAAUGCGAAGGCUAUUGAAUUUUUAAUUCAUUCAUGAAUUUUUAACAACGAAACUAAUUAAAGUAACACGAUUUUAAUCUGGAUAUAUUUUUAAAAAGACAAAGUUUUUUAAAAAACAAAUCCAAUGGUCUAAAUAUUUAAAAAAACUAAUGCUGCUACUUUUUAAAACUUUUAGUAACAUUUCUUUAUCAUCGAAACAUAUUUUCUAUCAUGCAAAACUUUUAAAAGUUCUUCUUAUAAAAAGCGAUGUUUACCAAUGCAAACGGAAAAACCCUACGUUCACGGCUUUCCCUUCCAAUAAGAUUUCGAAAACAAAUUAAAUUUCAAUGCCGAAGAAA